CAAAGGCAGUGAGCCGCGGCUGGGAAAUGUCAUCAGUCAUCUUUGAUAGAGGAAAUAGACUUCAAACAAUCAAUAGUAUUUUUCUUUGAGAGGUGAAAUAAGAGAACCAGUAUCACUGCUUUUGCUGUUCGUGAGUGAACAAGGCUCCACAUCUCGCAACAGUAAGUGACAAUAUCGGCUUGUGAGAAUCCACAGGUUCCUCCUCUUAGCUUAUUUUCUUUUUCUUCUUGUGUUUUCUGGAUGGAUUUGGACUGAAUGACAGCAGUUGUGGACCAGGAACUGUCCCACAUCACGGACUUAUUUCAUCGAGCGGAGGGAAUAAUGUAGUUAGUUAUGUCUAGAUAGAUGUUGAAUGGCGAGUUAGGGUGUUCCUGGAAGACCUCAGCCCAUAGAUGAGCACGUAGAUACCUCACAGCCUCGUUUCUACAACUCUUUUAUACCGUUUGUAGUUUGAAAUCCUGCUUUUUUUUAAAAACCAGAGUGUUGGGAUUUUUAGUGGAAAGUUACCUGCGCGCCCAUCUGCCGAGGAGAGGCGCUGUCCGUGGUCCUGAAGUCAUCUCAACAACUCCCUGUCUUGUUUUUUUUCUGGCAAGACAACUUCACAGAAAGCGAAAGUUAGAGGGACACUGUCCACCAGUAGCACCAGGAAGAGUUUAAUAUGGUAACUCAAAGACUUCAUCUGCAAACUUUGGUACUUUUGUGUUUUGUUGUCCACCUGAGCCAGCCAGUAUGUGUCGAUGUCCCCUCGGAGACAGAAGCAGUCCUGGGGAAAUCCAUGAAGUUGACCUGCAUCGCCUGUAUGAAGAGGGAGGAGAUCAAAGCAAAGACGUUUGUGGAUUGGUACUACAUGCCAACAAAAGAAAAAGACAGCCAACCCAACAAAACUCAUAUAUUCAGGUAUGAGGAUGACAAACAGGUUGAAUUGGACGGACCAUUUAAGGGCCGUCUGAACUGGACUGGGAGCCAGGACUUGCAAGACGUCUCCAUCCUGAUCGUCAACGUCACUUAUAAUGACACCGGUGUAUUCGAGUGCAACGUACUUCGCAAGUUUGAGUUUGACUUCUUCACUCCCUCGGUCUUCCUCACCAAGGACAUCAAGUUGAGGGUGAAAGCGCAAGCCAGUCAAGACACCACAGCGCUCUACUCUGAGAUCAUGAUGUAUGUGCUGCUGGUGUUUUUGACCUUCUGGCUGCUGGUAGAGAUGGUCUACUGCUACAGGAAGAUCUCCAAGUCUGAUGAGCAGGCACAGGACACAGCGACAAACUACCUAGCCAUCCCCUCUGAGCAGAAAGCCACUCCAGCCGCUCCUGUUACCGAAUAAAAAUGGUUUUCAAUGACACGGUAUUAACCAAUCCCGGUGGGAAUUUGUUGUCAUGUGACAGAAACAGGCAUAUAUUCCACAGCCCUCAUCGAUGCCACUAUGAAGGUAGCAUUGCUCUCAAACAUCCAUGGGAAUCCUGCCAACCGACCUCCCCUGUGUAUCGACUGUGUCUUGUGAAGAGUCAGUCAAAACUGUCCAAGUGCUCAAUUUUUCUCCUCUUUUUACCUUCGUGCCAGGCAUCUGAAAUCAAGUGCUUUCACAAAUACAGCAGGUUAAAGAACAAAAAUGUCUGUGUCCUGCCCUUUUUAUCAGAUAAAUACCAGCUAUGCUUCAUUUGGACAUGUCAGUGUGUAGGGUUACUAAUCAUUUUAGUAGUUAGUGGUGCCUCUGUGAUUUAUAACCUUUAAACAGAAAAGUUCCAAGGAAAGACUCUCUCCUACUGCUGUCAAAGCUGUUAUACACAAUUUAUACACUCACUAUCUAGUCCUUGUUUUGUUUUAUUACAAUUUUAUAGACCACGCUGAGAUUUUGAGUCACAGUUUUAUUUGGAUUGGCCAAUAUCUUAUCUUAUUAUCUUUACUGUAUUUUUAAUGAAAAUGGAUUGCAAAGCUUUUAUACUGUAUGGAUGUGCAUUUCUCUCUGUUUUGCUGUGAGCAUCAGUGAAACCACAAUGUAAUGGAAAUAUACAAAAACAGAUUAUAUUGUAUCCAAUCACUUUAUUUCAGUUGAUCUGAUUUCAUCUAGAGCUCUUUCCUAUCCUCUCCUCUCCUCUGUAUAAAUCUUUAAUCCAUGUUCAGCACUGAUGUCAAAGUACAAUUGGUAGGUUAAGUCUUACUGCGUACAGUUACAAUUUAUUCUUAAGCUUUGACUGUUGCUGGUGUUCUACAGUGGCAUUGCUAUUGAGACUAAAUGUGUGCCUAUUUCUGCAGUACAACACUGAAGAAAUGUAUAUAUUUUGUGACUCAAUCAUACCACACUGUCACAUUGUCUGUUACAGAUAUAUCUCCUGUGUGAGUGGGCUGCUUUUGA